AUGGAGCCCUGUGUCCCCGCUCCGGCCAGACCGGGGCAUCUGUGGGCUUCCAAGAGGCGCGUGGCUCUGACGCCUGGUUCGUCCCCCUUCUCCCAAAAUCCUCGCCCGUCCUCUCUCUCUCUCUUCGCUCUUCUCUCCGUCUUCUCUCUGUUCUCUCUCGUAGCCUUGCCCCCCCGACCGAACUCGCCGAGCCUCCACCCGGCGUCGGCCAUCUCUCUCGAGCCGUCGCCGGAGAGCACUGCCGGCGACUUGCCUUCGGCUGCCUCCUCUCUUUUCACGGAAAAAGAAGCGCCACGGCGAGGCCGCUCCGACGCAAGCAAGCUUGACCAGCAGGAGAGACACCUGGCGCGGGAUGCAGCCGGACAGCUCCUCCCGGUAUCGGCUUCGUCCCUGUUUGCGGAUGAACAGAGAGAAGACGAGAACAGGGAAGCGAUGCACGUCGGAGGAGCGAGCGACGUGAGCAGCCGCAUAGGCAGGAGCGAACGCGAACAGACUCCCUUCUUCGCAUCGGUUUCCCAGCAGCCCUCGGCCUCGCCAACUCACGUCCUCUCCCCAACAACUUCCUCUUCCCUCACGGUGACGCAAAGCGGACGUGCGCGGAAGCAAGAAGGAAACACGUGCACCAGGAACAGUGGAAUGUGUCGGGAACAAGACCAAAGAAGCGAGAGGUCGAUCCAAAGACAUCGACACGAUUCAGCUUCCCAGCGGGAUGGCAUGGCCUUCGCGUCCUUCGGCUCUUCCAAAAAUUCUUUUGCAUCAGCCUAUUCUCCAUUCGAUGAAGAAGAGGACGGCGCUCUCUCCAACCUCGGCAGACAGAUGAAGGCCGCAGUCACGUGCCCCGCUGCAAAAAUUCUUCUCGGCCUCAGCGGGGUGGUGGCCCUAGGAACUCUCGGAAUCAAAUACACUCGCAGCGUCCUGCGUCGCCGAAGACGCGAACGCCUGGAACGGCCGCCGACGCCGUUCACGGAUCUCCUCGGCCACGUGUUGCUGAAACGCGAAGCGCCCGCUGACGGAGCUCCGUCGACAGUUCUCGAAGAAGCCACGGGCGACGUGCUGGGGAAGGCCGGAAGCGUGACGGCUCUGUAUUUCUCGGGACGCGGCGUUGAGGAAAUGCUGCAGGCUCGAGGGUACCAGCCGUUCACGCCUCGACUCCAAGCGAUCGUUGACGGCUGUCGCCAGCGAGGCCAGGAACUGAACGUCGUCUAUCUCUCUGCAGAUGCCGAUUCACGCGAGGCGGAAAAACACUUUAGCGAGAUGACCUGGUAUGCUUUACCGUUCGACGACGCAGCGGGGCAGUCUCGGAUUCACCAGCUGUACCGAAAGUUCCGAGUGUCGACUUUGCCCCACGUGGUUCUGCUCGACCAGGACGGGAAGGUGAUCAAUCCGCAUGCGUAUGCGUCGAUGAUUGUUCGGCCGGGGGAUUUCCCCUGGAGAAAGAAGAGCCCCAUGGAGCUUCUGGGCGACGACUUCCUGGACGGCGAGGGGACGAAGCUGGGCAAAGAGACUCUCAGCAACAAAGUCGUCGGGAUCUACUUCAGCGCCUCGUGGUGCCCGCCUUGCCAGGCCUUCACUCCGAAGCUCGUCGAGACAGUCAAGGGGCUCAAGGAGCAAGGGAAGGACGUGGAGAUUGUCUUUGUGAGCAACGACCGAGACGAAAAAGCCUUCGAGGAAUACUUCAAGCGAAUGGACGGCUUCCUCGCCGUACCCUACGCCGACACCACGCGCCGAGCAAUGCUCCAGGAAGCCCUGAGUGUGCGGUCUCUGCCGACCUUGGUUUGGCUGUCGAAGGAGGGGGAAGUUUUGACGAAGCGGGGAGUGCCGAGCGUUUUGGAAGAUCCCGACGGUGAGAGGUUUCCGUGGCAAGACAAGGACAUCAACGACGUGAGCGAAACUGUCGAAGGCAUUGCAGAUGAGCCGGCGCUGAUCCUCUUCAUGGAACAGAUGGACGAAGGCGCGAAGGAGGAACAAGAAAAGGCCCUCGAGGACGCGAUGCGAGUCCUCCGAAGUCAGAAGAACGACGGCGGCGUGCCUCCGCUGCCUCGGCUCUUCACAGCCAAGAAGCUCUCGCCUCGCUCCAUCGCCCUCCGAAGAAUCUGCCGACAAGAGCCGGCUCCCGGCACAGGCAAAGAGACAAAGGGGCCGACACUGACGAUUGUGGAUUUGAUCGACCAGAGCUACUACACUUAUCCGCAGGACGACUCGGGAAAGAUUUUGACGGCAGACGAGAUCGUUGCUUUCGUUAAGAAGUUCCGCAACGAAGAGCUGGAACGGAACUCUCUGGCUGUUCCCGAGUAG